AAUCGGGAUCGGGAUUGGUACGCACAGUCUAACUUGAUACAGUAUCCGGUCCCGCGCAUACCAACCGCGUUCAUGUCUGCUCUCCCCGACGACUCAGGUUCGCCCUCAACACCUCCCACUUGGCGCCGUGCAGCUCUGUCUGUCCUCACCCGGGUCUCUCAUGGCUCGACUCCGUUCAUUACCACCUUUGUGCUAAUUCAUCUGACGGCGCCCGCCCUAGCGAGCCUGGGCGGCACGUCGCUGUCCUCGCAGGUGAUGCUCCUCGGCCGAGAAUACUACCAAACGCCCCUCGGCGAGAAAUACCUCGUCCUCCUCCCGCUCCUCGUCCACCCGCUCUCGAGCCUGUCCAAGCGGUUCCUCGCACCCCGGCCCGCGCGCCGCCCCACGAGCGCACUCAGCCUCACCGGGUACGCUGCUGGCCUGCUCGUCCUCGGCCACUUCCUCACGCACCGCGUGCACCCCGCCGACGCCGCGGCGCCCGUUCUCGCGCUUUCGCCCGCAGAGCUCGACUACGAAUACGUCAAGUACGCGCUCCAUGCGUGGCCGUGGCGCGCGGGUCUUGGGUACUUCGCACUCACGGCCGUCGUCGCGACGCACGCGGCAGAGGGCGUGAGGGUGCUGUGGAAUACGUGGGCGAGGGACGUGUUGGGUCGGUGGAAGGGUGGCAUAUGGGUUAUCUCGUCGGAGCCACUAAUGGUGCUGAGCUCGACCGCUGUACGGUUCCGCGCGGCGUUCACGAAAUCUAUUUUGUACCGGUUAUAGACAAGGUCGUCCAGACGGUGGCGAUUCUCAAUACAACUUUCUCGGGUCGUCGGACAGUGGACUGUUUGCAGCUAACCGUUCUGGCUCAACACUUGUCAGGUGCACACACCUAUCAACAGCAUGC